AUUUGUAUAGAGUUGUAUUUCUUCCCUAUUCACCUCUCCCUCCUGUGCGAGGAUUUGUGUUCGAUUUUUCCUCCCAUCUGUCCGCCAGUCUGAAAUAAUCGGCCCUUUUGUGUCAAUUUCACAGGCUGGGUCGUCAUAUUUAUGGGGUUUCAAGUUCGAAUCCUGGUAGCAUCAAAUUAAUUUGUUUCGGCUUAUAUUUAGUAUAACAAGGUAUACUGGAUUUCGAAUUGUGAGACUUGGAUGAUUUUUCUGUGCCAAUUUUUUUGUUUUUCGUAUGGGGAUUGCGAUUAUUCUUUAUUGGAGACGUUUCUACAACUUCUAGAGGGUUCUAGAAGCCUCUGGACAGAAGGAUUUAUGGCUCUGUGAAAAUUAGGGUCUUUACAGAGGAAAUGCAGGGAGAAGAGAUGCGAUGGAUUUAAUGCUAGGUUAUUUAUUUAUUUUUAAACCCUCGGAUGCGUAAAUUUUGAGAAACAAUUUGGCGAACACUAUAUCUGGGAGAGUAUUGAGCAUGCAGGAGUUAGACAAUGGCCGUGCACAAACAAAUGCCCUUGAGUGAUGCAGCAAUACAUGCUGGGUCACGUUCUGCAAUUAUGCCUUCUCUUGUUCGCAAGGUAAAUGAGGAGACUCAUAUUGAUGCAGCAGCAGUAAAGGCUUGUGGUCCUACAGAGGAGGAUAUUGAUAUUGAUCUAAGGGAAGUGUAUUUUCUGAUAAUGCAUUUUCUAUCUGGUGGGCCAUGCCAUAGAACUUGUGGUCAACUUUGGAAUGAACUGUUGGAGCAUAAGCUUCUUCCUAGGCGGUACCAUGCUUGGUAUUCAAGGUCAGCGAAGCAGAGUGGGGAUGAGGAUGACGACGGAUUGUCUUUUCCAUUAAGCUAUGCCCAAUUAGUUGAAAGAUAUCCUCACAUUAAAAAGAACCACCUGGUUAAGCUUUUGCAACAGUUGCUGUUGAAGAGCAAUUCAACUUCUCCUGGAGCAUCUGAUGCAAAAAUUGUAACUGGAGCUGACGUUCCCACACUUCUAGGUUCAGGAUCUUUUUCUCUUCUAGAAUCUGAGAAGGCAAGAGAUAUUAGACCUGCUCACCGAGGCGAACCUUAUCUCCGUUGGCCUCACUUGCAAGCAAAUCAAGUUCAUGGUCUGAGCCUGAGAGAAAUCGGAGGUGGUUUUGGAAAGCAUCAUCGUGCUCCUUCUGUUCGUGCUGCAUGUUAUGCCAUAGCAAGGCCAUCUGCUUUGUUAGAAAAAAUACAGAUUACAAAGAAGCUGAGGGGUCAUCAAAAUGCUGUUUACUGCGCAAUUUUUGAUCGAUCGGGGCAGUAUGUCAUUACUGGUUCUGAUGAUCGCCUUGUCAAAAUUUGGUCCAUGGAAACAGGGUUUUGCUUGUCUAGUUGUCGGGGACAUGAGGGAGAUAUUACUGAUUUGGCAGUGAGUUCAAACAAUGCCUUGGUGGCAUCAGCUUCAAAUGAUUGCAUCAUUCGAGUUUGGCGUUUGCCAGAUGGCCUACCAAUAUCUGUUUUACGAGGUCAUAUGGGAGCUGUUACUGCAAUUGCUUUCAGUCCUCGGAUGGGUUGUGAAUAUCAUCUCUUAUCGUCAUCUGAUGAUGGAACAUGUCGGAUCUGGGAUGCUCGUGAUGUUAAUAUCAAUCCACGACUUUAUGUUGCAAGACCUGUGGAAAGUACAGCAGCUGCAAGAACUAAUGGUUUAAAGGCAAAUGAUCCCUCUCAGUACGCGAGCCAACGUGGAAGUCAGAUCCUCUGCUGUGCCUUCAAUGCAAAUGGAACUAUCUUUGUAACUGGCAGUUCUGACACAAUAGCAAGGGUUUGGAGUGCUUGCAAGUGGAGUGAUGAGGUUGGCAAUCAAGUUAAUCAUGAACUGGAUGUUUUGGCAGGUCAUGAGAAUGAUGUCAACUAUGUGCAGUUCAGUGGUUCUGCAGUCACAGCCAGAUCAUUUUCAGCUGACAGCACAAAGGAAGAAAAAUUGCCAAAGUUCAAAAAUUCAUGGUUCCUUCAUGAUAAUAUUGUUACAUGCUCUCGGGAUGGCAGUGCUAUAAUUUGGAUCCCCAAAUCACGUAGAGCCCACUGCAGGGUAGGCCGUUGGAUACGAGCAUAUCACUUGAAAGUUCCACCCCCACCAAUGCCUCCUCAGCAGCCUCGAGGGGGACCCAGGCAGAGAAUGCUUCCUACUCCUCGAGGUGUAAAUAUGAUAGUUUGGAGUUUAGAUAAUCGAUUUGUGCUUGCUGCUAUAAUGGAUUGCAGGAUAUGUGUGUGGAAUGCUGUUGAUGGUAGCCUAGUGCAUUCUUUAACUGGUCACACCGAAUCGACAUAUGUGCUAGAUGUGCAUCCUUUCAAUCCAAGAAUAGCUAUGAGUGCUGGAUAUGAUGGAAAGACAAUAAUCUGGGAUAUAUGGGAGGGUGUGCCUAUUCGAAUAUAUGAGACUGGAUCAUUUAAGCUUGUAGAUGGGAAAUUCUCUCCUGAUGGCACAUCUAUUGUACUCUCAGAUGAAGUAGGCCAAAUAUACAUCCUAGCCACAGGACAAGGAGAAUCCCAAAAGGAUGCAAAGUAUGAUCAGUUCUUUUUGGGGGAUUACCGUCCUCUGGUUCAAGAUGCACAUGGGAAUGUGCUAGAUCAGGAGACUCAACUUCCUCCAUAUCGACGCAACAUGCAAGAUCUUCUUUGUGAUAUAAGUAUGCUUCCUUACCCUGAGCCAUAUCAAAGCAUGUAUCAGCAGCGACGAUUGGGAGCUCUAGGGAUUGACUGGCAGCCACCUUCUGUAAGACUAGCUGUUGGGACAAAUGAUGAUGGACUUUAUGCUAUUCCAGAUGAUAUUUUAGGACAGCUACCCCCUGCACAAAUUGAGCAUAAUAGAGAUAGGUGGCUGGAGCAACCAGCAGAAUUGGAAGAUGCCAUGGACUGGGAGCAGGAAAAUGAUGUUCAAAGUGAUGAUACUGGGUCAGAAUACAAUGUCACAGAGGAAUGCUCAAGUGAAGGUGAACAAGGGAGUCUGAAUGCCUGUUCUUCAGAAGAGGCAGAAUGCAGUACAGAUGAAGAUGAUAAUAGCAGCAAAGAUGAAGGUAAUAGCAGGGCACAUCUUCGCAGGUCCAAAAGGAAGAAACACAAGGCAGAGGGUUCAGUGUUUACAUCUUCUGGAAGACGUGUAAAGAAGAAAGAUUUGGAAAGAGGUGAUGGAACUCGAAGCAGGCUAAAGAAGUACAAAUAUUCCAGAAAUGGCAGAUUUCUUCCAAAGGAAAGAUUAUCUGAAAAAACCACAAGACCUCAGAGACGUGCUGCACGGAAUGCACUUAACCUAUUUUCCCGCAUAGGUGGUGGUUCUACAGAUGAAGAUGAGUAUAAUGAAGGAGACAGUGGAUUACAAGGAAGUGGAUACUCACAGCCAGAUGAAAAUCCUCUGAGCAGUGAGUCAGAAAGAUGUGUAAGGAAUUCUAAACAGAAAAGUUUUGCUGACAAAGAUAGGUUGCAAGAUGAUCUCAUUCCUGUUGCUAGUUCAUUUCAGUAUGUCGAUGAUAAUAAUGAUGGAGAAGCUUACAAUAAUGAGGAAACUAAUAAGCAUGCUAGGUCUGGGAGAAGAAUAUUGUUGAAGCUACCGUCCCGUGAUUCUAGGAAAUUAGUUCUUCCUGAAAGUACAAAAUCUGAUUCUGAUGUUCAGGCCAAUGCAAAUUCUUCGUCUGCUGAGAUAUGUUUGAAAGAAGAGAAAAAAGAAAGAGCUUGUAGUUCACUUGAUGAUUUGGAUGUUAAGCAUUCUGACAGACAGUAUUUGGAAUUGUCAAAUGCUGAAUAUAGACCCGAGAGUGCCUGGUGUGAUGAUAAUGACAAUGGAAUUAACAAGAGUUUUGAUGAGAAUGGAACUUCUCUAGAGCAUCCUCGUGACCUUUCCACAGGAUACGAUGGAAAGGAAAUCAGAUGGGGAGAAGUAAGGACUCGGACAUCUAAGCGUCCUCGGUUGGGGGAUUUAAAUGAUGUUUCUAGGUUGGACAAUGGAAUUGCAGUGGAUGUUCGACAUCAUUUAAAUGUAAUACACAGUUGUACUUCUCAAAGUCCUAAAGCUGGAAUGAAGGGUGAGGAUAAUGCCAAUGAGUCUUCUCUGCAAGAUGUGGAUGAACAUGGAGCUGACAUGUUUCAUAGAAAGCCUCGAAAUUUCUUCUUAGCUUCUUGUUCUGAAGGUUUAAAUGUGGCAGAAUGUGGAGAUUUUCCUCCUGAUAGGAAAACCAAUUGCCUGACAGGAUCUUUUCCUGGAAAACAAUCAAUGUUGGAUGCAAAUGCAUCUCCCAUUGGCCAUGUCAGUGGAAUGGAAGCUAAUUGGAAAGAGGAUGAAGGCUACAUGUCAGAAAAAUUUCAGACAAUUAUUGAUCAUGAUUUAGCUAGUAAUAAUUUCAAUGAAUAUCAUGAAAUGGAUGAAAAAGUAGCCGACAAUGACGGGAAUGUUAAUCUCAACCAUAUUGACGAGUACUCCUAUGAAGCAACUGAUACAAAAUAUAGUGAUUUUAGUAAGCUUAAGAAUAGGUCCAAGAGGACAAAGAAAGGUUACCAUAAUAUAUCUUGUGAGAAAAAACUUAAUCCAUCAGAAGACUGGGAGGAUUUUGGUCAUGUGCAAACUUUGCAAGGUACACGGCCAGUGGAAGAAAUGUCUGGAAGGCUCACAUGGAGGGGUAGUGGUAUUAGAUCAAGAGUUAACUGGGUGCAACAGCCUGAGGAAAAUAAGGAAACGGAUAAUUUUGAUUAUAAUAAUGAUAAAAGUAGAGGAGAUAUUGGCUUGAAUGCAGUACCUGAUGCAGAGAUGGAGGGUGGAAUGCAUAAUACAUGGCAUGAGAGGCAACAUGACUUUGGAGCUAAUGCAUGUGUAGGAGAGAGCUCAGCAGUUAUGCUUCAAAACUCCUUCAAUGAGGAUAAGCAGAUUCCAAAAAUUACGUUGAAAUUUCACAACGUGCUAACUGAAGGUGGUCGGAAGGCUAGAUCAAAACGGAUGAAGCAAACCAAAGAGUUUACUCAGGAAGAUGGUACUUCUAACAAUCACAUGAUUGAUGAAAGCAUUAAUUAUGAAGAAAAACGAGUGAGAAUUCAGACAGAAAGAUUAGAUACUAGACAAUCACUGGUGGGUUCAGAAUGGGGUUCCACUUCUAGAGUUUUGAGUUCUUUAAGACCUGCCAGAAACAAAAAGAGCACAAUAUUAACAAAUCUGAGGAUGCCCGUGGAAAAGAAGAAGGGACGACAAUCAACACGAAAGCAGUCUUGGUUAAUGCUAUCUGAAGCUGAAGAGGGCAAUCGGUACAUUCCCCAGUUUGGAGAUGAGGUUGCAUAUUUCAUACAGGGACAUCAAGAGUUUCUCCAUUUGAGCAGCUUACAAGAAAAAGGACCAUGGAAAUCCUUUAAAGAUAGCAUACAGUCGGUUGAGUUUUGCCGUGUUGUUGGGCUGGAGUAUUCUCCUCUUGCUGGAUCUGGGGACACCUGCUGCAAGUUGAUUCUCAAAUUUAUUGGUCCAGAGUCCAAUGUGAAUGGGAAGAGCUUCAAGUUGACAUUGCCUGAGUUGACUAAUUUUCCUGACUUUCUUGUAGAGAAAAGCCGUUAUGAUGCUGCAAUAAAAAGAAACUGGACACAUAGAGAUAAGUGUGAUGUUUGGUGGAGAGCUGAGAAUGGUGAAGGAGGUAAUUGGUACACUGGCAGAAUUAUGGCCGUAAAACCAAAGUCAGUUAGUUUUGCAGAUAGUCCAUGGGAGAGGUAUGUUGUACAAUAUAAGGAUGAUACGUCUGGUCCUCACACACACAGUCCUUGGGAGCUUUUUGAUCCAGGUAACCGGAGCCUGGAUCUUCCACAAAUUGACUCUGAAGUUAACUCACAAUUGUUAUACAGUAUAGCAGAGCUGGAGCAAACAUCUAAUGAAAAUGAGGACUGCUUUGGACUAAUGAAAUUAGCUCAAGUUUCAGAGAAGUCUGACUUUCAUAACAGGAUCCCUCUUCCCCUAUCACUCGAUAUCAUCAUGAGGAGGUUGGAAAACUACUAUUAUCGGUCUGUGGAGGCUUUUGAACAUGAUAUCAAAGUGUUGUUUACCAAUGCUAAGUUUUAUUUUUGCAAAGAUACUCGAAUGACUUCAAAGCUAAAUCGAUUAAUGGACAAAAUUUACAAAGGUCUAAUACAUGAAUCAUGACAGUUUUGUAGGAAUUAUGGAAAGGGCAGAUUGUGUUGUAAUAUUUGUAGAUAAUUUUGCUCCAAUUCUUUGAGUUGUGCCAGAAAAAUUGUUUUGGGCCUUCCAAGCAAUGAAUACUCCAACGGGUCGAAGGAAAAUAUCGGCCAAAAUUCAUUGAUGUACAGAUUCACUUCAGCCAGAAAUAAAUGAAAAGAAUCCUAUUGCCCCA